AGUAAAUAUAAACAAAGGUUAAUGCAGUAGCUGACAUGCUGAUUGUGAUAGCUGUAUGCGGAUAUUGGAAAUGAGUUUCUCCCCAAGAACAUUUUGCAGGUGUAUACGUGGAAUUCACUUUAGUCAACGACGAGACACUGGCAUUCACAAAUGGGAUGAAGAACUAACAGACGAUGUGAAACAUAAAAUAGAGAAGUUCUGGCAUGGAAGACUGAGGAAAGUAGAGUUUGAAGAGAACAGUCCGAAAGAGAAGUACUACGUGCUGUCAAUGUUCCCAUAUCCGUCUGGGAAGUUGCACAUGGGGCAUGUUCGAGUGUACACCAUCAGCGACGCAAUGGCUCGCUUCCAUCAGAUGAAUAACAAAAACGUUAUUCACCCCAUAGGCUGGGAUGCGUUCGGCCUUCCUGCGGAGAACGCUGCGAUCGACCACGGCGUGAAGCCGCGGGAGUGGACGACUCGCAACAUCGCUCACAUGCGGGAGCAGCUCAAGAAGCUCGGCUGCAGCUUCGAUUGGGCUCGGGAGAUAUCCACGUGCGAUCCCGCGUAUUACAAGUGGACCCAGGCGCUGUUCUUGAGGCUGUACGAUGCAGGCCUCGUUUACAGGAAGGAAGCCCUGGUGAACUGGGACCCCGUGGACCAGACGGUUCUCGCGGACGAGCAGGUGGACGAGAGGGGCUGCUCCUGGCGCUCGGGGGCGCGAGUGGAGAGGAAGCUCCUCAGCCAGUGGUUCGUCAAGACCACCUGCCUGUCCAAGGCGCUGUACGACGGUUUGAGCGACCCGCUUCUGAACAACUGGCGAGACAUCAUCAAACUACAGAGACACUGGAUCGGGGAGUGCGACGGCAUGAACAUGGAGUUUGAAGUGGAGGGCUUGAAGGUGCCGCACACUCUGACCGUGUGGACGGACAGGCCGGAGAGCGUCUUCGAGGCGAGCUUCGUGGCGGUCGCUCCCGGGAGCGUGCUGGACCGGCUGGAGUCCCCGGGCAGAGGGGGCCCCUGCAGGAGACUCGCAGCGAGGGUCAGGAACCCCUUCGCGGGCGGCUCUCUGCCGGUGUACGUGACGGACCAGGUGGAGUACGGCGAGGGGGCCGAGGCCCGCCUGGGGGUCCCGGGGCUCUCGCGGUGCGACCGGCAGUUCGCGGAGCGCCAGGGCGUCCCGGCGGCCGGCCCCGCCACGGAGGAGGCCAGGGGGGGAGCGCCCCGCGCCUACCCGAGCAGCUCCAAGCUGCGCGACUGGCUGGUGUCGAGGCAGCGCUACUGGGGCACGCCCAUCCCCGUGGUGCACUGCGGCAGCUGCCGGGGCCCCCAGCCGGUGCCGUACCGGGACCUGCCCGUGGAGCUGCCCCACUCGCAGCAGCUGUCCGCCCGGGGCCGCUCGACCCUCUCCGAGGCCGCUGACUGGCUGCACACCAGCUGUCCCAGGUGUGGCGGAGAUGCUGUAAGAGAAACAGAUACAAUGGAUACGUUUUUUGAUUCAUCGUGGUACUUCUUGCGUUAUUUGGACCCGCACAAUCUGCAAGAGCCGUUUAACAAAGACCUGGCAUUUAAGAUGAUGCCAGUUGAUUUGUAUAUUGGAGGGAAAGAACACGCGGUGCUGCAUCUGUACUAUGCCAGAUUCAUGAACCACUUUCUGCACAGCGAGGGCUUGGUGCCUCACAAGGAGCCCUUCAGACAGUUGUUGGUCCAGGGAAUGGUGAAAGGUCGCAGUUUCAGGGUGAAGGGCACCAACCGCUAUCUUUCAUCUGAUCAGGUUGACCAUUCAGGCAGCACGCCGGUGGAUAAGGGCUCGGGGCUGCCGCUGGUGGUCGCGUGGGAGAAGAUGAGCAAGUCCAAGCGCAAUGGGGUCGACCCGGAGGACGUCAUGGGGCAGUACGGCAUCGACGCCACGCGGCUGCUGAUCCUGGCUGACGUGGCCCCAACCUCACACAGGAACUGGUCCACCGACACAUUUCCAGGCAUCUUGAGCUGGCAGAGGCGUUUGUGGCUGACCGUUGGCAACUUCCUUCGAGUGCGAUCGCAGAUGGCGGCGAAGAACGCACGCGCUGAACAGAACAGCCCGGACUUCCAGAAGGAAGAAGAGAUCAUGUUCGACAACAGGAACUACUAUGUGAAAGGAGUGACUUUCAACUACCAAAUCUCUUUCCAACUGAGUAUUGCCAUAUCCAAAAUGCAAGGACUCACAAACAGUCUACGAAAAGCCACGCCGACCGCGGUGGGAGCCAGCCUGCAGUUUGAGCGAGCACUCGCGUGCCAGAUAGUAAUGCUUGCACCGAUGGCACCACACUUCGCCUCCGAACUGUGGUCUGGUUUCGUGUCUGCCCCCCUUCGUCUCGACCGGUCUGGGGAGAUCCAGUGGGACAAGGGGGUGCUGGAGCAGUCGUGGCCUCGGCUGGACCCGGCCUACCAGCUGGAUCUCAUCUUCAAGGUGAAUGGUGUUAAAGUCAGUUCAGUGAAAAUGGCGAAGACUGCCUUUGACAACUUGACGCAGUCUCGUGCGCUGGAGAUGGCCGCCACCCAGGCAGCUCUGCAGGAACACACGAGGGGCUACGAGACUGUGGACACAGUGUUCACCUUCCACCCGGACUACAGGGCGGAGCUGCACUUCGUCACCAGGCACGCCAAGCUCUCGUCUCCUGCUCCGGAGUGAACGCCGGUCCACAACCAACACUAUCAACAAAAUGUUGUGAUGGCAUCGGAAAAUUUUAAGUGAAGUGAUCAGUCGGUAAUUUAUACGGUUGCACCGCGAGCUGCGUGGCAUGUAUGUACCAAAACAAGAUCAAAAUACUAGCAAUAUAUUACUACUCUAGUUGA